AUGAUUUUUCAAGUUCUAAUAUUAACACUCAGUCUUUCUGAUUGUUGCACUAUAAAUUAAUUGCAAAAAAAGACAAGAAUUCUAAGAGGAAACUACAAAGAUGUGCUGAAUUUUCAUUAAAUUAAUUUAAUUAGUACAAAAAAUACCUAUUUUAAUGGUGGUUAAAUGAACUCUUAAUUAAAUAGAGAUGUCAUAUAUUAUGUUAAUGGUGGAAUUGGCUAUACAUUUUGUUAUCUCAAUGAUUCCAUUGAAAUAUCAUUAUUUAAGAAAUAUGAACUCAACACGAUUGUUAUUUAAAUUUGGGAUCGUGUAGUUGAUGUAUUUUACAAUUUCUAAAUAUAUGUUUCCUUUUUAGAUGAGGAAAAGCUGGUUUAUGAAAAUACUUCAUUUGCAGGAGUAGUUAGAAUUCGAUUUGCAGAUCAACUCGUUGAUAAAGUUAGAAUUUACAAUAGAGGAGGAUCUAAUUACAAUGGAUACCUAUCCAUAAUUAAAGCAUAAGCAUUCUAUCAUCGAUAUAAUUGA